GCGGCGCGGGCUGAGGGGAGCGGGCCGCCUGCCGCCGCCCUCCCGCUCCCUCCUUCUCUGCUGGAGGAAGGUGCAGAGCAUGGAGAAUGAUGAACUUCCGCCAGAGGAUGGGAUGGAUUGGUGUGGGGUUGUACUUGUUAGCAAGUGCUGCAGCUUUUUAUUACGUCUUUGAAAUCAAUGAGACUUACAACAAGCUAGCACUGGAGCACAUUCAGCAACACCCCAAGGAACCACAGGAAGGAACCACAUGGAUGCACUCCUUAAAAGUACGACUGCUAUCCUUGCCUUUUUGGCUGUGGACUAUAAUAUUUUUAAUACCAUAUUUACAGAUGUUCUUGUUCCUCUAUUCCUGUACAAGAGCUGACCCCAAAACUGUUGGGUAUUGCAUCAUUCCUAUCUGCUUGGCUGUUAUUUGCAAUCGUCAUCAAACAUUUGUGAAGGCCUCUAAUCAGAUCAGUAGAUUACAGCUGAUUGACACUUAGCUCAAUUUCUAGUUUCUGUAGCUGUUUUGAAGCAAUUGCAUAUGCCUGAUCUAAUCACAAGACUGAAGUUCUGAGUGAAGGCUGGAAAGAGCCUUUUCUUUCAAACUGUUACGCAAUGAAGAGAGUGACUGUUUUCUAUUUAAAAAAAAAAAAAAAGUAACUACAAAGGUUUUUAAAUAUGAGUCUGUCAAUCAGAAUGGCCAGAGUGGGAGAGCCCUAUGUGACACUUGAUGGAAGUAUUCCUCAUUUUGCCUUAAUGAUGCAAAAUUGCAACACUCCAUCUGAAACAUCCUGUGGGGAAAUAAGUUUCUGGUCCAUGACUUUACUCCUCUGUGCAAAAAAGUGAUUUCCUAUGUUUUCCCUUGGAGUAAAAUCAAUGAAAAGAUACUUCUUUUGUGGUAAAUGUAAAAGGAAAAAAAAUCAGAACAUGAUUAUAAAAGCUGCACUUAACACAAUUCUUUGCUUUUUCUUUUUUUUUUAAGUAAUAUCUACAUCAGUGCUGGUUUUUAAUGAAUUUUUUAAAAAUAAGUUUAGAUAUAAAUACAGGAAGCAAAGAAUAAAGUUUGUGCGAACCUUUAAAGGGAAAAAGGUACUUUUUUUUCUCUGGUAGCAUACUUUUUUUCAGUGACCACAAUGGUACCACACUGUAGUAGGUAGGCAGUGAGGAGUUGCAUAGGCCUGGAGAUCGGUGCUUUAAACUCUUUUCCUACGAUGUCAAAAGCAGCUUAUGCUGGCAUUGGCCUAUAGUCUGCACAAAACUUAAUUUGUGUUUUCUUCUUCUAUCUAUAGAAAUCUCCUUUGAUAAAAUUACAAGUGAUUGGAAUUUACUACCAUUCUAAUUUCACUCCGGACAUGAUGCAAAACCGUGUUCUGGGAGCACUGAUGUAUUAGGAAAAACUUUGAAUUUGGGAAAGUUAACUGGUAUUAGGUUGGGGGGGUGCUACAAACAGGUUGUAAGACAGAUAACCAUGUUUCUUCCAGAAAUUUGAAGAAGUAAGAUACCUUCUUCUCAUUCUUGCAAUGAAUGCAAAUUUCUUCAGUCGUACUGAAAUUCCACUGAGAUUUCUUACCAUAUUUUUAACCUCUAUUUUUCAGUGCUAUUUUGGCAUAGCAUUUAAUUCUAACUACUGGAUUGUGUAUUUUGAAUAAUAUCGAAUCUGUUCUUUCUUCUUGUUCUUUUUUGUUUCUUCUUAGAAUAACUAAAUUUUUGAGCCAGCCAUGAUGGAAGUAACCUUCCAAAUGUGAAAACAGUGCAAAAUACACUCUUCAAAAGCAGUAGGCCCAAAACAAUUAUGAACUAAACUCCUCAGUUAUAAUUUCAAUUGUGUGUGAUUGUCGGUACCUAAUCAUCACAAAUGCUAAUCCAUUUCUGACUACUUUAAGGGAAUCCUGGAGAAUAUCAGCUUUCUCUUGCUUUGGAAAGAGAACACUAUUUUCAGUGUUGCUAUGUUUAAGCAUGGCAGUUACAACACCUUAAACUUUCGGUUUGCAUUUGGAGGUAUUUGGAGACACUGGUUUCAAAUGCCAGCAUUGGUGCUAGGACCUGAAAACAAUGUAGCCUUUACAAGAAGGUUUUAAGUUCUAAGUGCAAUAUGAAAAGGAGGAAGCUGCCAUCUUGAUAUGCUGGAGUAAGAAUAAAGUAUAAACUCUGACUUUUAGUAUCUUUGGGAGUCAGAGCUUUUAAGUUGUGUUGUUUCCUAACUUUAAAAAUCACCAUCUUAUUUAUCUAUAAAAUAAAAACUUUUCAAUGUUUAUAAACAGAGGUCUGUUAAUGCAGAUACA